AUGUUCGCGAACGGCGACGGGAAGGUUUUUUUUUGUUUGAUAUAGAAGCAGUAUCGUUUUUUUCAGCGGCCGUUCGAUAGGAACGUCAAGCUCGUGACGGACUUGGUUAAAAAUGAAGUUAUUUCUUUGCUUCAAAAAGCUAGCUGCGUCUCGAGUUCAGCAAGGUUGUCGCACGUAAGUUGUCAAUUAUUAUUUCUGUUUCCAGCCUUUCAGCCGAUAAAAAGCAGAAGAUAAAGCUAGAAGACGUUUUUGUUGCUCUUUCUGAGCAUACAGGUCUUCUGUCGAGGUUGAUCGCUUACGCUGAGGUAGAAAUGACUUAAAUUGGCAUACAUUUGGAAAAAAAAACCAAAUCAGGCUCGCGUUGAGCUGGCCAGAUUUGCGAGAAGUGCCAACGUGGCUUGCAAGCGAAGUGGAUGUCUGAAGGACGAGGAAAGCGGAGAAUCAAGUGAAGAGAACAGCGACGAAGAAUACUCCGAGCCUGAAGAAAAAGAUUCCGGCCAAAAUGACAAAAGGUUUUAUGAAAAGAAAAAAAAAACUGUUUUUAAUUUAUGUAGAAAGGAGUCUCGUUAAGCUUAACGUGUCUUAAUCUUAUAAGAUUUCCUUUCAAAUUCCUAAUCUCUACAAGCAUAAAGUCGAUAGGAUAUGUUCUCAUUUCCUGCAAUAGUAAACAUAUAUAUUCUUCUUUAGGAACAUUUUCAGCCUAUCCUAAAACUUUCAUCUGAAAGCCUAGUUUAACUCAAUAAUUUUUGCUCUUGGUCGCUAACGAAGAUUAACACAUCGAUGGAAGUAAUUCGUAUCAUUUUUUCAAUGUCGAAACUCUUCGCUAUUCAAUUUUUUUUUGUUUGCAAAAAUUGGCGCUUAGUACUACUGCCGCUUUCGAAAUGAUUUCAGUAUUCUGAAGAUCCAUGAAAAAAACGUUUUUAUAUCAAAUAAAUUUUUAUUUGCUGGCUUGUUCAUUCAAAUUGGAAUCAUGUAUUCUUGAUAAGAAGCCCAAAACUUUCAAAUAGAGUUGUUUAAAGUUACUUUUUUAUUUAAUUAAACCAUUCAAGAAAACGAGAAAUCGCCGAUGAUCAGUUGUUGUCUGCUUUGAAAAGCGCCGUGAAGUAUGUUUCCUUGGACUUCGAGAAAGUCAGGGUAGAGCAGUUUCUCUCUUUUCAAAAAAAAACUCCCUUUUUCAAAGGAUUAUGUGGACGAGAAGCAUCAACUACACACCAAAAACCUGCUCGAAGUCAUCCGAGACCUUUCCAAUGAAGAUUAUCAGGCCUUUUCUGCAGCUCGACAAGCCACUUUCCAACGCCAAAAAUUUCUUAAAAGUUCGAAGUGAGAAACAAAAAUUGCUUGCAAAAUUUAUUUGUCUCAGAGCUCCCAACUUUUUGGCUUGGCUGGGAAAUCCGCCAAUCGGAGAAAAUGUCGAAUUCGUCUUGGCUUUUGUCGCCAAGGAAACUGUUCUGCAGAUUGUUAGGGACGCGGUGGAGAUUCGAAAUGCGGUGCGUUAA